AUGACCAAAGCUCAUUUGGCUCUCCAGGCUGUCGAAUUAGCAAAGAAUAAAGACAUCACAAAUCUACAACAAGUGUAUACCACCUCAAAUAUUGAUGCUCAGCUAGUCUUACGCAUAAUUCUCACAUACCUUCCAGAGAGCUUGGACCCUGUAGCGUAUACUACCUUUCUUCAAGAUAUCGAGCGAGACAAGAGGCGGAAUACAAGUGAUCAGGAUGUCCAAAUUACUGAAGCAGACCAACCCUCAAUUGAUGAAGCCCGGCGCCGAUUACGAAGACUGCGCUUGCUUCCUCUUGCCCUCCCCGAAAACCCAAUGGGCGACGACGCUGAUCCCUUCAGCUCGUUUCUUGUCCAUCGAGCACACCGCAUAGAGGCUGCUACAGGCUCGCUAGACCUCAUUCGUCGCCUUCUGGAACCCUUCGUCGAGCAUUCUCGAGCUUUGCGGACAUGGAUGGUCUCCAACCUUCUGCCUCUUUUGCGACUUGACUACAGCGGUCGUGAGCAGAAAGACCAUGUGCUUUCUCUCAAUAUGAUCGAGCAGUUGGGAGAUAGCGCUGUCGUCGGAUCUUUAAUUCCCAGAAGUCUUGACAAAGUCGACAGUUCAGGGCCUAACGAGACUGCCCGCGACUUGAGAGGCAUUGUUGGUCCAUGGAUGUAUGGAGAAAGUACACGAAAGAGGCGUAAGCUGGAUCAUUUUAGAACCCUGAAGCCCGAAGAGGCUACCGAAGAUCCAACAGAGAGUGGAUGGUCGCACGUCUAUGAGUGGAUCGUUGAUCUUGCCUCAAGUGACUUCUCGACCACUGCGGAUACUCUGAUACGGUGGCAAGGUCCGGAGGAUGUUGAUUACGGGGAAUGGGGCGAAGGAAUUAUGACACCGAACGGAGGGAAGGGUUACAAUGACCGAUACGCCGAAGCUGGACUCGCAGCGAUCUAUGCAUCUCGAGAGGCUUCGCUUGGCAGCCUGGAAGCCGCUCACCGCAUUAUUGAACAGGUCGCGAGGACUACAGGUUUGGAAGUGCCCCUCGAUCCUCGAGAUCGCCCUGCCAGAAAAGUAUCCCAAGAUUACGUCCACAGUAUAUCCCAGGCACUACUUCUACGUAAUGCGCUGCUUCGGAUCGGUAAUCCGCUGACGCAUAUUUCUGCUGAAGCAGUAGCUUUCGUCAGCGCUGCUCUAGCCUCCGCUCUCACACUGAACGAUCUUGGAUGUCGCAAAACCAUCGGCGAAGUCGUAGAGUUAGCAAUGUUCGCUUCGGUAGAGGGGCAAAUGACGGAGCUAGGGCGAAUUCUGCAAGAAGCCAAAGCGAGACGAAAUGAUGACGACAGCUGGGCAGCCUGUAGGGUCAAUCUUCUAUGGCUUCAUGACUGGGAGAUCGUAUCAAACGGCCAUUCAAAUGAACCUGUGGGGCUGCUCGGGAGAAUACCGAUUCUCGAACUCGAGAACAGCGCGUUUCGUGCCAUGCUCGACUCAGGCUGCUACAAUUUGCCAAUGAACCUUUACUGCAAGAAAGACUCACCUCUGCCCUCAAGUACAGUCAAGGAGACUAUCAUCGACGCCGCCCUUUCGGCCUAUGAUGCUGCCAGUAAUGGCAACAGAACGCGAGGCGGCAUCAAGAAAGCUUCUGACAUCAUAUCGAGCUUCAAAAGCUACUACCCUGCAUCACGCCGUUUUAAUCAAAUUGGCGCCCUACUUUCUGCGACACAUUCUAUGUCCUUCUACUCAUUGAAAUUACAACGGGGACUUCCAUUUCAACCUGUCAACAUCAGAGCGCACAAAGAUCCCAUGUCUUUGAUAGGCAAUAUACUUGACCAGAACUCUCGAAGUUACACUCAUCUUGAUGAUCUUCUUGAGAUCGGGCAAAACCUAGUCACUGCGGGCCUAGGUGCCACAACAAACAACCUUGAUGAAGGAGACCAGAAUUCUCCUACUUUUGACUACGACAAGCUUAUCGCAAGACGAAGGGUAAUAAAAAUGGCAAUUGAUGCUGCUCUCAACGAGGAUGACUUUGACACAGCGUACUCUUAUGUUGUGAAUCGACUCUCUACAGUCACGAAGCCGGAUAUGGAGUCGGAGCAACAUCCGUUACUUUACGAUGACAUAUCCUGGCGGGCUGCCUAUGCAACGGGCAGCUUCGCGACCAGUGACUCUGGUACAUCUGCGAUUCGACGACUCGAGCAGCGAUUGGAAAUACUAUCCCAGGCAUUACUUCUUGCGCCUCCUUCAGCACUUGCUGAACUGCUCGGCGUAUGGCAACAGACUGAGCAGCAGAUGGCAGAGCUUCUUGCACGCGAUGCUGCAGAAGAGAAACAAGCCGAGAAGGAGCAACGGCAUAUCAUUCCUGGCGACUUCGGCGACGAUCCAUCGCCGGUAAGACAGAAGCCUCGCGACGCGGCACGCAGCACGAUGUUGGAGGAGGCACCAAUGGGCCUUUUCGAAGUGGCUAGAGGAGCGGCCGCUGCAUUAAGCAAAAAUGCGUUUCCGCUUCACGGUAGCACCAAAUCAGGGGAGCAACGAGUGCGCACGUCGAAACAUCCGACGAUGAAUUUUCUGAUGCUGCAGAAGGGCAAGCCCCAGUAA